GACACGCACAACUGAGCCGAGACGUACAUCUCUACAAAAAGUCUGACGACUCCAUUAGCCACGUACGCGAGUUCAAGAUGUGGAGCGCUUCGCUACAUUACCUUGUAUCCAAUUGCCCAUCCACUGCAAUGGAAUCGACAACUUGUCCACUAUGUUACAUCACCUGUGCUACAUCCUAGAUGUGUACCUCUUCGAGUUGCUGUCUUCUGCGCGCCCUCGACUUGGCCACUUCGCAUCCCUUCCGCAAUAAAUUGCAUAAUGGUUGGUCUCAACACCACUCCACACCACACCGUCGCGCCGGAGCCUCGUUCCGAGGUGCCUGCCGGCUUGGCGAGAUUGCGACAGUGCCACUUUCGCAAAGCAAAGCCCCUCGGAGGGUCCCGAAGGGACGAGAUCACACAAGGCGAUUAAAACUGUGACUUCCAGAUUGGAUUCUUACACUCUCACAGCAU